CAGUAAUAAAUGCGGGAAUAUCUCCAUCAGUUUACAAGUGAAGACAAGCUUCAAAUCAUCAGGAAGAGCUGAAAUCUGUAAAGACUGAGUUUAUUAAAGAGGACAGAGAGAAGAUGAGCGAUCCAGAACCCUGCAGAAUCAAACACUCUGAAGAUACUCAAGAACUAACAGAAUUAAAAGAAGAAAAUGAGGAGAAUGUAGAAUUGAAUGAAGUUGAGGAGAAAAAUCAUGUCAAAAGUAGAGAAAAACCAUUGAGUUGCUCUCAAACUAAACAGAAAGAUUUAAAGAAAAUAAGAGCCAAGAAAUCUUUCACCUGCACUCAGUGUGGAAAGAGUUUCACAAGCAAAAGAAAUCUUGAUGUUCACAUGAGAGUUCAUACUGGAGAGAAACCAUUCACUUGUGAUCAGUGCGGGAACAGAUUCACACAAUCAUCAAACCUUAAGAUACACAUGAACAUCCAUACUGGAGAGAAACCACACACAUGUGAUCAGUGUGGCAAAAGUUUCACACAACCAUCAAACCUUAAGGAUCACAUGAUGAUCCACACUAAAGAGAAACCACACACAUGCGAUCAGUGCAGCAAAACAUUUAUGAGAGCUUCAAAACUGAAGCAGCACCUGAGAGUUCAUACAAAGGAGAAACCACAUUCAUGUCAUUUGUGUGGAAAUAGCUUUUCAUUACUACAAUAUUUGAAAGAGCAUCAGAAAAUACAUACUGGUGUGAGAGAGUACAUGUGCUUUGUGUGUGAAAAGACUUUUACUUCAGCGAGCCAUUUAAAACUGCACGAGAGGAUCCACACUGGAGAGAAACCUUACAAGUGUUCACACUGUAACAAAAGAUUCAAUCAGUCAUCAAGUCUGAAAACACAUGAGAGGAUUCACACUGGAGAGAAACCGUAUCACUGCACUGAAUGUAGGAAGUGUUUCAGUCAAUCAUCUUCUCUUCACAGACAUAUAAAAAACAAUCACAAUAAGUGGAUCAUCUUCAGAUCCAGCACUUUCAGAUCUGAUGCUGUCCUCAACAAAUCCUUAUCAAAUGUAAUUUAUUCCAAGUGUGCUCUUUUAUCUGGUCAUGAACGAUGCCACAUUCACGAAUGAAUCGCUCUUUUGAGUUGAUUCUGUUCAAGGUCUUGAACAAAGAAACCUGCAAAACGGUGUGCUUUUGUUCACAGAUCACUUUGAAUGAUUUGAUCAGUUCCCUGCAUGCACUGAAUCGUCUGAAGAGGUUUCUCAUUCAUACCUGGAAAUUUAAGAACAGGAAGAACAUAAAGAACAUAAAGCCUGCGCUGAGGAUCUUUAUCAGCUGAAGACCAUAUGUGUCAUCUGUGAACGAUAACACAGGAAUUACAAACCUGAUUCCAAAAAAGUUGGGACACUGUAUAAAUUGUGAGUAAAAAUGGGAAGAAAAUGGAAUUUACAAAUCUCAUAAACUUAUAUUUUAUUCACAAUAGAAUAUAGAUAACAUAUCA